GUCCACAUUGAAACCACUUUGGCACCUUUUUAAGGUUAUUCUCACGCCUCUCAUUGGUUGAAUAAAACACCCGAAAAUGUUGUGGGAGCGUGUGUAUGCAUUGCAGAAAGUGCAAGAUUUUUCUUUCCCAAAGUGUUACCCUACCUGAUAGUUCAGCCUUGCUUACAAACAUCAGGACACCUAAACAUCCUAACAUUCACAUUUUCGAGCGCUGUGACCGGAAUUCGGUAUUAGAUCCCCGGUUCAGGUGCCUCACUGAUAGUGCAUUCGAGCUUUGUUGUGCUCCCAUCGGUGCGUACCACCCACUACAACAACGGAUAUAGCAGGUUGGGAGGAAAAUCAUGGCUAAGAAGGGGCUAUACAAAGAAGUUGAUAAUGACGUCCAGGUGAAAUACUCAUACCAUAACGACUGGAAAAUUUCAUUAGCUGUGCACACGCUUUUGAUGGUCCUCACAAUCUCGCUGUCCAGAUGCUUUUCAUUGACAUAUAGACAAACAGCAGUCAUAGCCAUAUCGGCGAGUACUAUUCUUCUGAACUUCUUACCAAUAAAUAGCUACCGCUCAGUGUCAAUGACUAAGUCUAUAGGCCUUGAAGUAACAUCAACUACAGGUGUGAUCUUUAAAAGCACAUCCCAUAAGUUGGUACCAACAGCUGAUAUCAUAGAUGUCGUAAUAUUGGAAGGGUUCAAAGGACUGGAGGUGAUAUACUACCUAGCCUGUAUUGUAAAUAAGGAGAACAAGUUGACCUUGAUCUUACCAGAUGUAAGUCUAUCGCUCAGCUCGCUCAAUGAGAUUAGAAAGAGCAUCAAACAGUUAGUAUGAAACUACGCUUUUAGAAUGAAUUAAACACAUCCCUUCUAAAAAAAUACAUAAAUGUGUCAGAAUUGAAACAGAGUCUGUCAUU